UCCAACAUUUCAAUUCAUCCAAAGAGUUUCAAAAACCUUCUUCGUUCACUUCUUCAAAUACCUAUUUUUUACAACUAGUUAAUCUCCAACAAUGUCAAAAAAUAUGGCUCAGUCUCCCUUUGAGAAGACCUCAAUUGACCAACUGGCCAUGGCUAAGCGCUAUUCCCGUGAGGGUGUAAAAGCAGGAGCUAAGGCAGCUGUUGUUGCCACCAUUGCCACUGCCAUUCCAACUAUGGCUAGUGUGAGGAUGCUACCUUGGGCAAGAGCCAAUCUCAAUCCCACUGCUCAGGCCCUCAUAAUCUCCACAGUGGCUGGAAUGGCAUAUUUCAUCGUGGCUGACAAGACUAUUUUGGCAACUGCAAGAAGGAACUCAUUCAAUCAAGUGGCUCACCAUGGAGCAAGAAUUAAUCACUAAUAACUAGCUAGGGUUUAUGCUCUUGUUGCUGCAUGGUGAACCCAAUCAUCUUUAAAUAUAUAAAUAAAUAGAGAUGUGUUUCAAUCUAAAAGCACUAGAGCGUUUAUGUACUAAAUUUUCAGCACUAAUUUAUGAAUGCAAAUUUUAUAAAGCUUUUGAGAGGGAGCUGUACGUAAGCCUCCAAGUCAACGUUGUAUGUGCUUGAAGACGUCAAUGGAGGCCUAAUUGAUGUGGAGAUCAGUACAUUUUGGCUGUACGAGCGCAAGCAGCUUCUAUUCUUCUUCACUCGUGUGCAAGAAAGUGAGAGUAUUAGCUAUAUGGUCCGGUUUAGAGCCUCUCAAAGGGUUGUAUUGUUUAUGUAUGACUUUCUUCAGGUUUCACCAUAUGAGAAGUUAUAAUAUAUAAAGAAUUUCAUAUCAUGGU